UCUUGUAUUAAUUUAUUCUUAUAAAUACAAGAUUAUGAGAGGGAUCAAUUAAGCCCUCUAGAAUUAUUUUACAAUUUAAUUCUAAAGUUGGUAUCAGAGCGGGUCGAUCCCACUUUGGGAGACUGGUUGGAAAACUGAUUUAUCUUACUAUUACAAGGCCAGAUCUAUCCUUUGUAGUUGGAGUGGUUAGUCAGUUCAUGUAGCUUCAUGUGUUGACCAUUGGAAUGCUCUCAUUUGCAUUCUAAGGUAUGUCAAAAAGGCGCCUGGACAAGGAUUGUUAUAUGAAGAUAAAGGAAGUAUUCAGGUCUCUGUGUAUUGUGAUGCAGAUUGGGCAGGUUCGCCUAUUGAUAGACAGUCUACUACAGGAUAUUGUGUUUUUCUGGGAGGAAACAUUAUUUCAUGGAAAAGUAAGAAACAAAAUGUAGUAGCUCGAUCAACCGCUAAAGCCAAGUAUAGGACAAUGGCAUCACUAACAUGUGAACUUAUAUGGGUGAAACAAUUCCUUCAAGAGCUUAAAUUCUAUGACAUCCAUACUAUGAAGAUGUAUUGCGACAAUCAAGUUGCUCUCCACAUUGCAUCAAAUCCAGUGUUUCACAAGAGGACUAAACAUAUAGAAAUUGAUUGUCAUUUUGUUCGUGAAAAAUUGUUGACUAAAGAAAUAUGUACUGAGUUUAUUGGGUCAAACGAUCAACUCGCAUAUGUAUUGACCAAGUCAUUAAAGGGCCCUCGGAUUGAGUUUAUUUGUUCCAAGCUUGGUACAUACAAUUUGUAUGCUCCAACUUGAGGGGGAGUGUUAGGAUAUUUAUCCUAUUUUAUCAUCAUUAUAUUGUGUCAAGGGUUACCCUAUUUAUCAUGAUUAUAUUGUGUCUACUGGUUGGAAAACUGAUUUAUCUUACUAUUACAAGGCCAGAUCUAUCCUUUGUAGUUGGAGUGGUUAGUCAGUUCAUGUAGCUUCAUGUGUUGACCAUUGGAAUGCUCUCAUUUGCAUUCUAAGGUAUGUCAAAAAGGCGCCUGGGCAAGGAUUGUUAUAUGAAGAUAAAGGAAGUAUUCAGGUCUCUGGGUAUUGUGAUGCAGAUUGGGCAGGUUCGCCUAUUGAUAGACGGUCUACUACAAGAUAUUGUGUUUUUCUGGGAGGAAACAUUAUUUCAUGGAAAAGUAAGAAACUGUUGUAAUUAGAGAAAACCUUACUAAGUAUUUUUCUAUAAUUAUUUAGGUAUGAGGUGCCUAACCUAGGGGUGCCUAACAUAGGAGGUGCCUAACUUAGAGGUGCCUAACUUUUACUCCUAUAAAUACAUUAGUAUGUUGUAAUAAUAUGUAUUGAAAUAAAUAUAGUUCUACAUGUUUCUCAAGAUGGUAUCAGAGCUCCCGAUCUUGGGAGCUCUGUUUCCGCUGCACUGAUAAGCUACCAGCCACCAGCAACAGCAGCUGUCCAGGCCGCGUUUGUCGCUGUCCAGACACCGUUUGGCGCUGUCCAGGCACCGUUUGGCGCUGUCCAGGCGCCGUUUGCCGCUGUCUGGCGCCGUUUGCCGCUGUCCGGCACCGUUUUCCGCUGUUUCGUCAGCAGAUAGGGUCCCCAGAUUGCAUUCCCAAGAAUGUCUGAGGUAAAAUUUAUUCCUUUGGGUCCUAAUGAUCUUCCAAAUAUGAUAGGUGCCUAUCGGUUGGAUGGGCGGAAUUUCUUACAAUGGAGCCAGUACAUUCGAAGGAUUCUCAAGGGUCGUUCAAGACUAGACCACAUAGAUGGUGGAGGACCAGAACCAGAGGACUCAAACUUCCUAAUGUGGGACAAUGAAGAUUCACUAAUUAUGACUUGGAUGUGGCAUUCCAUGGUUCCUGAGAUAAGUCGAAAUUACAUGUUUCAUUCUUCUGCCAAGGAGAUAUGGGAUGAUUUACAAAAUACUUUUUCAUUAAAAAAGGAUUUUGCUGCAUGUUAUGACAUUGAGAGCAGGAUAUUUAAUACAAAACAGGGCUCACAUUCUAUAUCAGAAUAUCAUGGAAUUUUGAAUGGUCUUUGGAUUGAAUUAGAUCAAUACCAAACAAUAAAGAUGUGUAAGACAGAUGCUGCCGCACAUGCUGAAGUCGUGGAAAGAGGAAGAAUCUUUAAAUUUCUCCAUGGCCUAAAUCAAGAGUAUGACCCAAUUAGGGUACAGAUCUUAGGAAGAGAAAAAUUAUCUUCCUUAUCAGAAGUUUUUUUUAUGGCAAGAGGAGAAGAAACUCGAAGAGCUGUCAUGCUUGAUGGGGGGAUCUCCAACAUAGGCUCUGCCAUGACAACCGGAAAGGGAUUCCACAAAGGAACGAGCACUGGAGGAAACUCAUUUGAAAGAGGAAAUCGUGGAGAUUAUUAUACUGGAGGAAAGUCAUUUGAAACAGGAAAUCGUGGAGAUUAUUGUUCAUUUUGUAGAAGAUCUGGACAUACCAAAGAAACAUGCUUCAGACUCCAUGGGAAAAGUAAUGUUCUAGAGCGUAUGAGGAAUAACAAAGGGCCUACUAAAAAAUGGGUAAAUCACACUACCUCAGAACAGGAAGCCACCAAUCAAUCUAAUGUUUCUCCACCACCAGAUCUUGACAUGAAAGCUUAUAAGGAAGAACUCGACCGCUUGAAAGCAAUGGUUGAAUCAAUGAGAGCAACUGAUCAUAUGACACCUUGUCGUGUGUCUUUCAACUCAUAUGAUGAAAGCAGUAAAGAACAACUUAUUACUGUUGCGAAUGGUCAGGGUAUACCUAUAUGUGGCUCUGGGAAUAUAGUUUUGGAAUCAUCCAUUAUAUUAAAGGGCGUUUUACAUGUUCCACAAUUAGCCAAUAAUCUUAUCUCUGUGCAAAAACUCACAAAGGAUUUAAAUUGUUCAGUAAUAUUUUUCUCCACUCAUUGUGUUUUUCAGGAUCUUGCCACGGGGAAGACGAUUUUAACUGCUAAGGAGCAAAGUGGGUUGUAUCUAUUAGAGACUAAUGACCAAAGCACAACAAAUAUUUUGAGUCUACAAGCUACAUCUGAGACGUGGGCAAACUCUCAAAUAUGGCUUCAUCAUAAAAGGCUUGGACAUCCUUCAUUUAACGUUAUCAAGUCUUUAUUUCCCCAUUUGUUUACCAAUGAGUCUGUUGAGUCUUUUAAUUGUGAUAUUUGUCAAUUAUCAAAACAUCAUCGUGCAUCUUAUCCUAUUAGUAAUAAAAAGAGUACUUCUCCUUUUGAUUUAAUUCACACUGAUGUUUGGGGACCAGUUGUCGCAUCUAUUUCUGGAGCAAAAUGGUUUGUUACCUUUAUUGACGAUUGCACUCGUGUCACAUGGACAUACCUUAUGAGCAAUAAAUCUGAAGUUUUCCAAAUCUUUGUUAAAUUUUUUCAUCUUGUCCAAAAUCAAUUUGGAAGAAAUAUCAAAAGAAUUCGGUCUGAUAAUGGUACUGAAUAUGUUCAUCAUGAAUUCCUCAAUUUUUUCUCUCAUAAUGGUAUUGUUCAUGAACUUACAUGUGUAAACACUCCUCAACAAAAUGGGAUUGCGGAGAGAAAGAAUCGUCAUCUCCUUGAAGUAACUAGAGCUCUUCUUUUUCAAAUGUCUGUUCCAAAAAUUUACUGGGGGGAAGCAGUGUUAACUGCCACAUAUCUCAUCAAUAGGUUACCUACCCGUGUCUUAAACGGCAUUAGUCCUAUAGAGUCUUUAUUGUCUUUUGUUCCUUCUUCCCCUUUAAUAUCAAGUCUGCCUAGUAGAAUUUUUGGAUGUAUUGCUUUUGUUCACUCUCAUCACCCUAAUCGUAGCAAAUUAGAUCCAAAAGCCCUUAAAUGUAUCUUUAUAGGGUAUCCUUCUAAUAAAAAAGGGUACAAAUGUUAUCAUCCUCAGAGUCGUCGCAUCUUUAUCAGCAUGGAUGUCACAUUUCAUGAAACACAGUCCUUUUAAGUCAGUUCACCACUUCAAGGGGAGAAAACACUUGAAAUGGAUGAACUCUCCUUCUUGUCAUUACCAUGUCAGUCUUCGCAGGAUGCCCAAGACCUGAGCAAUGAAACUAUCAGGAUCCAUAAUAAGGAUGAAGAAGAAGACAAAUUUUUUGGUCAAAAAUAUGAAAGAAGAAAACAACCCACUUCGACUCUAGAGCAAGAAAAAUUGUCUAAUUCGGAGGUGAGAAUCCCUGAAGACAACAUCGAAGAGGUAAGUAUUACUGAUGACUUGCCCAUUGCAUUGAGAAAAGAAAGGAGAUCAUGUGCUAAAUAUCCCAUUUCUCAACAUGUUUGCACUAACAAUCUCUCUGAUAAGCAUAGAAGUUUUAUUGCUGCCAUUGAUGCAACAAAAAUUCCUACCUCAAUCCAAGAAGCCAUGAAACUUGAACAUUGGACUCAAGCCAUGAAAGAAGAGAUGAAUGCAUUAGAAAGAAAUUCAACUUGGGAAAUUGUUGACAAGCCAAGAGACAAGAAGGCAGUAGGAUGUAGAUGGCUAUUCACAGUGAAACAUAAGGCGGAUGGAACAAUAGAAAGAUAUAAAGCGAGACUGGUGGCAAAAGGCUAUACUCAAACCUAUGGGAUUGACUAUGAGGAGACAUUUGCUCCUGUGGCAAAGAUGAAUACAGUUCGAGUUAUUCUUGCUUUGGCGGCUCAUUUUAGAUGGGACUUACACCAGUUGGAUGUAAAGAAUGCCUUUCUUCACGGAGAUCUGGAAGAGGAAGUUUACAUGGAUAUUCCCCCAGGGUUUGAAGUGAAAAAUGAACGAAACAAGGUUUGUCUCCUAAAGAAAGCAUUGUAUGGUCUUAAGCAAUCCCCUAGAGCAUGGUUUGGAAGAUUUACAAAAGCAAUGAUUUCCUUGGGAUACAGACAAAGCCAAGGAGACCACACUCUGUUCAUAAAACAUUCAUCUACAGGUAAACUUACCCUAUUGCUUGUCUAUGUGGAUGACAUGAUUAUUGCAGGAGAUGACGAAGCAGAAAAGUUGGCAUUAAAAGAAAAACUGGCAGCUCAAUUUGAAAUAAAAGACCUAGGAAAACUUAAAUACUUUCUUGGAAUAGAGGUUGCUUACUCCAAGGAAGGAAUAUUCAUCUCCCAAAGGAAAUAUGUACUUGAUCUCCUCAAAGAAACGGGAAAACUGGGAUGUCGAACUUCAACAAUUCCUAUAGAACAGAAUCAUAGAAUUGGAAGUGAAGAAAGUGCUCCUGUAGAGAAGACCCAGUAUCAAAGAUUAGUAGGAAAACUAAUCUAUCUAUCACACACAAGACCAGACAUUGCCUAUGCAGUUAGUGUAGUAAGCCAAUUCAUGCAUGAUCCAAGAAAUAGACACAUGCAAGCAGUUGAUAAAAUUCUCCAGUACUUGAAGUCAAGUCCAGGGAAGGGAUUGUUGUUUAAAAGGGAAGACACAUUAGGUAUGAAAAUAUAUACUGAUGCUGAUUAUGCAGGGUCUAUUACUGAUAGAAAAUCUACUUCUGGGUAUUGUAUGUUUCUUGGAAAUAGUCUGGUAACAUGGAGGAGCAAAAAGCAAGACAGAGUAUCUCGCUCUAGUGCAGAAGCUGAAUUUCGAGCCCUUGCUCAAGGAAUGUGUGAAGGACUUUGGAUGAAAAUCAUUUUGGAUGAUCUUAAAAUUAAGAUAGACAGUCCUGUGCAACUAUACUGUGACAAUAAGUCUGCCAUAAGCAUUGCUCAUAAUCCAGUACAACAUGACAGGACAAAGCACAUUGAGAUUGACAGACACUUUAUAAAAGAUAAUCUAGACAGAGGCUUUAUGAUUACAACUCAUGUUCCAACAGGUCUUCAGCUAGCAGAUAUUUUUACAAAAGGGCUACCUCACGGAAGAUUUCAAGAUCUUGUAAGCAAGUUGGGAAUGAUUGAUAUUCAUUUACCAACUUGAGGGGGAGUGUUGUAAUUAGAGAAAACCUUACUAAGUAUUUUUCUAUAAUUAUUUAGGUAUGAGGUGCCUAACUUAGGGGUGCCUAACAUAGGAGGUGCCUAACUUAGAGGUGCCUAACUUAAGGAGGUGCCUAACUUUUACUCCUAUAAAUACAUUAGUAUGUUGUAAUAAUAUGUAUUGAAAUAAAUAUAGUUCUACAUGUUUCUCAAGAGAAACAAA